CUUGCUGCACUUUAAUUCUCGCGAUAGUUGCGCUUAUCCUCUUCUAGUGGAGAAGAUGGCGAACCGUGGUGGUUUUCAGACAGCCGUAGCUGGAGGUGGUAGCGGCGGAAUGGGGCCUGGCCCUCCUGUAGGCGGUGGACCUCCGGGUAUGGGGCCAGGAACACCUUCGGGUAGGAUGGGACCUUCACCAGGCGCCCAAAAUCAUCUUUAUCGUUCUCCGAUGCCUGGACCUGGAUACCCGAGACCUGGUGGUAUGCCUCCCUCUAAUCGGAUGACCCCCCAGGGCCCCUCAAUGGGCCCUCCAGGGUACGGUAACAACCCUGUGUCCCGCCCUGGCAUGCCCAUCAUGGACCCGUCCCGGAAGAGGCCUGCUCCACAGCAGAUCCAACAGGUCCAGCAGCAGAACCGCAACCAGCAUGCAAAAAAGAAGAAAAUGGCUGACAAGAUUCUACCUCAGAGGAUUAGAGAACUAGUCCCCGAGUCCCAAGCCUACAUGGACCUGCUGGCCUUUGAGAGGAAGCUCGAUCAGACCAUCAUGCGCAAGAGACUGGACAUCCAGGAGGCUCUGAAACGACCCAUCAAGCAAAAGAGGAAGCUGCGCAUCUUUAUCUCAAACACCUUCAACCCUGCCAAACCUGAUGCUGAGGAUGGGGAGGGCACUGUUGCAUCAUGGGAGCUCCGUGUUGAGGGUCGCCUGCUAGAGGAUCAGGCCGUGUCUAAGUAUGAGGCCACCAAGCAGAAGAGAAAGUUCUCUUCCUUCUUCAAGUCCCUGGUCAUCGAGUUGGACAAGGACCUCUAUGGACCAGAUAAUCAUUUGGUCGAGUGGCACAGGACCCCCACCACUCAGGAGACCGAUGGGUUCCAGGUGAAGAGGCCCGGUGAUGUGGGGGUACGCUGCACCGUCCUGCUCAUGCUCGACUACCAGCCCCCCCAGUUUAAGCUGGACCCGCGGCUGGCCAGGCUGCUGGGGAUACACACCCAGACCCGUCCGGUCAUCAUCCAGGCCCUCUGGCAGUACGUCAAGACCCACAAGCUCCAGGACCCGCACGAGCGCGAGUUCAUCAACUGUGACAAAUACCUCCAGCAGAUCUUUGAGACUGCAAGGAUGAAGUUCUCUGAGAUUCCUCAGCGUCUGCAUGCUCUGCUGAUGCCUCCAGAGCCAAUCAUCAUCAACCAUGUCAUAAGUGUGGACCCUAAUGAUCAGAAGAAGACAGCCUGCUACGACAUUGACGUAGAGGUGGACGACACCCUGAAGACCCAGAUGAACUCUUUCCUGCUGUCCACUGCGAGCCAGCAGGAGAUCGCAGGCCUUGACAACAAGGUGAGGACCACAGAAAUGGGGAAACGGUAGAAGAAGCAACACAAACUCCCACUGUGCCUUGUUCUGCGUCAAAUAAUUUCAGAAAACCAGGGCAGUCAAACCUUGGGCGCCUGAAU